UGCCCGUUCCUGACGUGAAGAUGUCCGCUCGUCCACAACUACAACCACCGCAACUCACGACGACCACGACGGAAAAGCCAUGGCCGACGUACAGAACCAGAUGAUCCUUCGCGACCCCCAGUUAUUCUACUGGAUCCUAUUCCCGAUCACCGGUGUUAUGAUCCUCACUGGUGUGUUACGGCACUAUGCGACGGUGCUCAUGCAAUCCGAUCCGAAGAAGCAAGACAUCAAGGCACUCCGCGAGCAACGCAACCUCCUCCACGGCAUCAAUCUCCGCCAAAACCUCAACCAGAUCCCCUUCUCGUCCUUCGUCUCGCGUAAGAACGCCCUCGUCGCCGCCUACAAGCGCGGCGAGUACCUGAAGGACCCCGGGGCGGUCGGCCAGCCCGCCCCGAACCCCAUGACCGACCCCGCCGGCAUGGACCAGAUGAUGAACAUGCUGAAGGGGAACAUGGCCAUGAUUGUGCCGCAGACGUUGAUCAUGGGCUGGAUCAACGCCUUCUUCUCGGGCUUCGUCAUCAUGAAGCUGCCGUUCCCGCUCACCAUCCGCUUCAAGAGCAUGCUGCAGAGCGGUGUCGCCACGAGAGACCUCGACGUUAGAUGGGUCUCCAGUCUGUCCUGGUACUUCCUCAACCUGUUUGGUCUCCGCUCCGUGUUCAAUUACAUCUUGGGCAGCGAUAAUUCUGCCGACCAGAUGGCCGCCCAGAUGCAGCAGAUGAGUCCCGGUACCGGCGGUGCGAGUAUCUUCGGCCCCGGCCAGGACCCGAACAAGAUGUUCAUCGCAGAAGUGGAGAACCUCGAGGUUGCGGGUGGUCAACAUGAGUGGGUGCUGAAUGGCGUCGAAGAUAGGCUUCUGGCUAUGGCGUGAUGAUGUGUACAGUGGUGGGUUAGACUAGAUAAUAAUGUGGGAUCACUUGCGCUUUUGGAUACCUCUUGUUUGAGAUGUAGUUAAUGAAGUCGUUUGCUUCCCCAACCAGCGUAAUUAUCAUCUUAUAUCACUCGAAAUAGCGAAUCAAAGUACAUUCGCGCCUCCCAGGCGCUAUUAAGUU